AGCGUAUUCUUGCAAAGAAGAUGAGACAAAACCGUCCUCUUCCUCAGUGGUUCCGUCUGCGUACCGGUAACACCAUUAGAUACAAUGCUAAGCGCCGACAUUGGAAGCGCACUAAGCUGAACAUCUAAGGAAUAGUCCCACAAGGCUCCAUGCUGGUCUUUAGGCUACAAGAUGGUAAUUCUUUGUUGACUUCA